GUGUAUAUAUAUUUCAAUGAUUUUUUCACUUUCUUUUUAAAAGUUUCAAAUAAAUAUAUAUUACAAGAAAUUUUUAGUACAAAUAAAAAAAUUAUAAUUUAUGCAGAUAAAGGAAUAUGAAAAUAAUAAACUUUUUUUGAAUCAUAAAAUUUUAAUGAGUCAAAAAUAUAUAAGUAUCGAUUAUAUUUUCCGACAAAACAAAUCAAUCAUAUAACAUAUAUAAAAUUAUUAUUUUUGAAAGUUUCUGAACAAAGUAAACAUAAAUUAUUAACAUUGUUUUAUUUGUCGUUUUUUAUUUUAAUUUUUUGUAAUCAGUGAAAAAAAACAAUAUCAAAAACAAGGUUAAUUAUUCCUUGAAACGUCAAAAUUCAUUUUACGAUGACAGUUCGGUUGUGGUGUGUGUGUGGUCUAUGUUUGAAUUAAUUAAGAAGCAAGUAUUAAAAAACAUUAAAAUUAAUAUUUAAAUAAUCAAUUGUAUUUAUAACAGUUGAAUGGAAAUGAAUCAUAAUGAGAAUUACAGUAGAUCAAAACAUCGAUAUUCUUCAAAAUAGUGCCAUAUAUAAUUUAUAAUAAUUCUCCAAAGAAUCUAUAUAGAGAAGAAAAAAAUGAUUCGAUACGUUUGGUCAAUAAUCUGUUGGUAUUUUAGAUCAUUUGUAAAAUGGAUUUUACGUUUUACAACACGAAUGUGUGAAUUACAAAGAAUUUGCUAUGGAGAACCAUCAGGAGCACAACGAACACUAGCUGUGGAGCAAUCACUUCGACAGUCGAAAAAUCCAAAUAUCAAGGCUCUUGUUGUUCAUUUAGAUGAGAUUGCCGAUCAACAGGCAAUUAGUAUUAAAACAGAACGAGAAAUUUUAGAAGAAGCAAUAAAAACUAUUCUUAAUGCUAAAGAUAUUAAUCCAUUUGCUCAUCCAAAAUUCGCCAAAUCAUUUGCUAAGUGUGUUGAGUCUAUAUGGGGAUAUAGACAAUUAGCUGUUGAGUGCGAAGAACUUAGAAAAACGCCAUAUGAUCCAGAGAAUCCAGAACAUGAAAUGCUCUUAUUGAAAUUGUGGAAUUUAUUAAUGCCAUAUGAACCUCUUGAUUCACGAGUAACAAAACAAUGGCAGGACAUAGGAUUCCAAGGUGAUGAUCCUAAGACAGAUUUUCGUGGAAUGGGAAUUUUAGGAUUGGAGAAUCUUGUUUAUUUUGCAAGGGAAUAUCCAAGUGCCGCUAGUCAUGUCUUAUCACAUUCAACUCAUCCUCGUUAUGGUUAUGCUUUUGCCAUUGUGGGAAUUAAUCUUACAAGUAUGGCCCUUAGAUUACUACGUGAUGGAUCAGCUAAAACUCAUAUUUACAAUUCAUGUAAAACACUGCCGACUAUACGUGCCUUUCAUCAGUUUUAUAGCUACCUCUUUUAUGAAUUUGACGGAUUCUGGAUAGAAUCUAAGCCCAGUAAUAUGAUGGAAUUUUCAUCAAUACAAGUGAAAUUUGAAAAUACCAUUAAAAUGGCCUUGGCAAAUCCGACUACGAUAUUUAGGAUAAAUGUGUCUGUUGACAAUAUUUAGUAUAUUUAUAAAAUCGUUAAUAGUUUUUUUUUUCAACAUCAUUCUUUUUUAAUAGCAAAAUUUUCCAUUAAGAAAUUUACAAAUUUUUAAUUAUUUAUAAAAAAUUUCACAUUUAUGAACAUUUUUAAACUUAAAUAAUUUAACUAUAUAAUAGUUUUUUUUUUAGUUAUGAUCUCAUUGAGCUAGAAGUUAUAAAAUAAUUUUUUGUGGUGUUUGUUUAAAGUAAAAUUUAUGUAAUUUAUAUUUAUUUAAUUUAGCAAAAACAUAGAAAAUUGAUAAAUUUAGUACGUUUGUGGUAAAACGUAUCUUUUUAAAAAAGUUUUAUUUGCAGUUGAUUUUAAUAUCACUGUAAAAUAUGUUUGAAUCUGAAAGAUAUUAUUGUAUUUAUCUUUUUUUUUUUUGUUUAAAGUUUACUUCUGAAAUGAAUUUAUAAAAUUUUUUGAUGUUUUUAUAAAUAGAGCACAAUUUUGAAUAUUUCGCACAUAAGCCAUUGUCUAUUGUGAUUUGUACUAUUGCACUAGCAAAAGUAUAAAAAUAAUUUUAUUGCCAUAAAAUACCUCUUGUAUCAUUCCUAGUGCACGGUUUAUCGUCAAUAGUAAAUUAUAAUUCACAUUUUUUAAAUAUCAUACAUUGAUAUUUUGCAAAAUAUUUUUAUUUAUAAUAAUUCAAGCCCAAAUGAAGCAAAAUGAUUAAUUUUAUCAUUGUUAAUUAAAUUACAAUAAUAAUAAUAAUUUAAAACAUUA